CCAUCGGCCUAUGCCGGAGGCGAGGGCCCAGCAGCCAGCGGGCACUCCGCGGAGGCCCAGGUCGAUCCUGGACCGGGGCCUGAUCAGGAGCCCCCUCCUCGAGGCGGGCCUCGCGACCGAGGGGGGCGCGGCAGGGGGGCCAGAGCUCCGCGGCGGGAGCUGCAAGGCGACGUGGGCGCGGCAGCCUUACGACGAGUCGACCUCAGAGGCAAGUUCUGCAGCGAGCCGCACCGCAGCGGACUCCACGCCUUCUGACUCCUCUGGCGCCUCGCCGCUGCCAGGGCCCGCCGAGGGGGCCCCGCGGACGGCGCCCCCGGCCUGUUUCGGGGGCCGAUUCCUGCGCGCGAAGCGCGCGGAGCGCCUGCGCAGCGGGAGCGGGGCGCUGGGCCCGGCCACGCCGCGGGCGACGCCGCCUGGGCCAGGCCACCCGCGUCAGCGGCCCCGGGCGCCCGCCGCCGCGCGGCCGAGGGCGGCCAGCGGCCGGCCGGGAGGCGGCGAGGCCGCGGAGGCGGCGCGCGACGGAGGCGCCCUGCUGAUCCCCAGCUGCCUGGUCGCCGUCACGGCGGCCCAGGGCGGGCACGGGCACGGGCACGGUGCGUGCAGGGCCAGGGUCCUCACGGUGGACCACGCCAGGGGGCUAUGCAAGGUCAGGACGCGUGAUGGCGCUGUCCAGACUGUGGAGGCGGCUCGGCUGCAGCGCCUGAGUCUGAAGGUCAGGUUCGCGGACGACGGCGACCUCCUCUGA